GCAUGAAUUUGUUUGGAAGCCUGAUCUUUUCAUCAUCGAUAUCGAGCCACUUUACGACUUGUCUUCUUAUCUUCAUCCUUCAUUUUUCUCCUCAGCUUCCCUCUGAUAGUAAUAAUAAUAAUAAUAAUAAAAAUAGUAGUGAUCGUAAUUCUAAUCGUUUGAUCAAUUGA